ACUACGGUGACACUGUCCUUUUCAUACCAGAGCUGAAGGUAGCAGCUUGCGGAAUGCUUGGCAUUCAGGUCAUGCAUACUUAUCCACAUUUAUCAGUAGGAGACAUUUAAAUUUCACCAUCAUCCUGCGAUGAUGUACUCCACGUCAUCAAUUGAUCGGGGUUGUUAUGGUAAAUCCCCUGCAACAUCGACCAACCAAAGGUCACCGCCUGUCACCACUGGCGAGAGUUUGCCCCGUAUAUUAUAAUAUGGGCAGGUGAUUAUUACUUGUUCUCCCCGUCCUUUCAUCGUUAUCGACCCGUGGUUUAUUCAUCGGACAAGACAAGAAGAUGCCGUCUCCGAUGGCAUUGAAUCCACCAUCCCCUUCUCCCUCCAUUUUCAGAAAGAAAGAAUCACUAUUCCCGUCAAUGACGACGGCAGCGUCCUACCUUUCUGCUGUACAUCAAGCAGAUACUCGCGCUCGCAGUCGCCGCAACACAUCCACUGCUCCAUCAAGCCCCACCCAUUCCCUCUCGUCCUCCAUCACGGUAUCGUCCAGGGACACCGUCCUGGAUGAGGACGAUGACAACAACAGCCUCACGUACCCCCUUAGGCCACCCACCUCCGAGCAGGUCUUCACUGCCGUUCACACGGAGUUUGGUCACUGUUCAAACGAGGCCUAUCGUUGCACCUCCAAGCAUGAUUAUGCUAAACCUUUUCAGGAGCACACUAUUGAGGAGCCUCCAUACUAUAUCCUCCUCACCACAUACAUAAGCCUAUUUAUUCUCCAUUUUUUCGGCCAUAUGCGGGACUUCUUCGGAAAACGGUUUCGGUCUUCCUUCACCCACCUUAUGCCCCAUGAUGGUUACGCGCCGUUAAAUUCGAAUUUUGAUUUGUUCUACACCCGAUGGCUCAGGGGACGCAUGACCGAUUGCUUGUGCCAGCCUGUCACGGGCGUUCCAGGUCGCACUAUUACUAUCCUCGACCGUUACUCCACCGAUAACAACUACACUCAAAUCUACACAGGUGGCAAGACACGUGCCCUGAACAUCUCAUCGUACAACUAUCUCGGCUUCUCCCAGGGCAGCGGCGGCUGCUCAGAUGCAGUCGAGGAAUGCAUCCGCCGAUAUGGCGUCUCCACUUGUGGCACGCGUCUUGAGGGCAGCAGCGAACUUCAUGUGUCCGCUGAAGCCCUUGUUGCACAAUUUUUGGGCAUGGAAGACGCAUUGAUCAGCUCCAUGGGAUUCGCCACCAACUCGACUUUCAUCCCUGCACUCGCGGGAAAGGGGUCCCUGAUCAUUUCCGACGAAUUGAACCACGCUAGUAUUCGCGUCGGUGCACGACAAAGUGGUGCACAUAUCCGGGUGUUCAAGCACAAUGAUAUGUCAAGCUUCGAGUCCCUCCUGCGUGAGGUGGUCAGCCAGGGUCAGCCCAAGACGCAUCGUCCGUGGAAGAAAAUCUUGGUCAUUGUCGAGGGUUUGUACUCCAUGGAGGGCACCCUUGUGAACCUACCUAGGAUUGUCGAGCUGAAGCAAAAGUACAAGUUUUACCUCUACAUUGAUGAGGCACACUCAAUCGGUUCGCUCGGUCCUCGGGGUCGUGGUGUAACAGACUACUUUAACAUCCCCCCUCGCUCAAUUGAUCUCCUGAUGGGCACGUUCACCAAGUCCUUUGGUGCUGCUGGAGGAUACAUCGCAGGACCGAAAGCAGUUAUCGAUGCGUUGCGGCUGCGUGGUCACUCGGGUCCGUAUGCGGAAGCAAUGACACCGCCUGUGCUCGCCCAGGUUGUUGCUUCGAUUGCCAGCAUCAUGGGCGUUGCCCCGGUACCACAACCAACCAAUUCUACACUUCCCCUCAGCCUUGCGGACUCAAACGUCGCAUUGAGGGACGGUGCUGAAGACCUUUCAGGUAUGGUACCUGCAGGCCUUCUGCCGACGUGGAUGAACCUUCAUCCGGCUCUCGCGGACGGAUCUGAAGCUCGCAUGCGUAUCCGCCGUCUUGCCUUCAAUUGCCGAUAUCUGCACGCGGGCCUCAAGAAACUUGGCUUCAUCAUCUACGGACAUCCCUUCAGCCCGAUCGUUCCGCUGCUCAUCUUCAACACGGGAAAAUUGUGCAUGUUCGUGCGUAUGAUGCGUGCACGGAGUACACCGAUCGUUGUUGUGGUCGUUUCGUACCCUGCCACUCCGUUUGAAACGUCUCGCGCACGGUUCUGUCCCAGCGCGGCGCAUACAAAAGAGGAUAUAGACAUGGUGUUACGGGCAUGCGAUGAGGUGGGCGGGAUUCUGGACUUGAAGCAUGGUUCGGGAGAGCGGUGGGGGAUUGAUGAGGUCUGUGCCCGUGCCGUGGAGCUUGUGCACUCUACAUGAACGCCUGCAUGCCUGCCUCGCCUGGUGUCACCUCGGUCCAUACUACUGUGUAUGGACGACUCGACGGCACAAGAAAGGAAUGAAGAAAGAUAUAGAGGAGGGGAAU